UCCACUUCCUUUCGCCGAGCGGCACGGCUCGCUCCCGCCGGCGUACCAUUGUCCCCAACAUCCACCGCCUCCACCAAAACCACCGUCUCCUCCGCUCCAACCGAAUACCCUCUCUCUCAUUCUCCUCCGCGCUCAGGUCCUUUCGCCACCAUGAAUUUGGUGAUCGACACCGUCAUGGGAUGCCUCCCCAUCCCCUCCGUCUCCAGAGCCGGCUCCCUCUCCGCGGCAGCCGAGGAGGACUACGACGGCGAGGACCGCAUCAGCGAACUCCCCUACGAAAUCCUCUGCGACAUCGUCUCCCGACUGCCCGUCAAGGAUGCCGCCCGUACCAGGUGCGUGUCCUCCCGCUGGCACCACGUCUGGCACUCCGCCCCGCUGGUCCUCUACGACGAGCACCUCGUCCCCGCCCGCGACCGUGAGGCCGGGGAACGCAUCUCAGAGAAGCACUUCGCCGCCAUCGGCAGCGUAUUGGCGCAGCAUCCGGGCCCGUUCCGCGUCGUCCACCUCUCGUGCUGCUGCUUCGAGUCUUACCUGAACGAGCUGUAUAUCUGGUCGGGCCUGCUCGCCGCCAGAGACGUUCAUGGUCUCGUUCUGGUUAAUCAGCCCAUACCCAUGGACAUGAUACUUCCGCCCGAGGUCUUCGGCUGCGCGGCUCUACGCCGCCUCUACCUCGGUUUCUGGGCUCUCCCGGAAAUCGCGGGCCUCCCCGAUGGCGGUGCCGUUUUCCCUCACCUCCGGGAGCUCGGCCUCCUCAUGACCGGCAUGACCGGCAAGGACCUCGAGCAUAUGCUCGCCUCCAGCCCCCUGCUGGAGAAGCUCUUGCUUGUCUGCAGCAGAGGUAUGCCCCAACUUGUGCGCCUCCGCGGCCAAAGCCUCCGGUGCGUGCUCUUCUGUAAGUACGCGGCGCUAGAGAUUGCAGUCAUGGACGCGCCGCUCUUGGAGAGACUUAUCCUGCAUAAGGCGUGGGUGCGAGGGUGUGAAGUUUUAAGAAUCAGCAUGGCGUCUGCACCUCGGCUACAAGUGCUUGGUUACUUGGAUGCAGGCGAACAUGGCCUGAAGAUUGGGUCGACUGUCAUCAAGGUUGACACAAAAGAAAGUCCAGACGCCUCAGUCCCAAGUGUCAAAAUAUUGGCAGUCAAGGUGAAUUUGGGUGCCUUCAGUGAAGUAAACACGCUAUACAGCUUCCUCAGAUGCUUUCCACACAUUGAGACCCGCCACCUGCAGUCUGCUGCAACAGCAGUUAAAUCCACUGACAUACCCCAUGAAGAGUUCUUGCAGAAUCUUGAUCAUAUUCAAUGUCUGCAGUCACACAUCAAGAAUUUGGUUCUCCAUGAGUUUCUUGGGGAUCGAUAUGAGACUUCAUUCCUCAAGAACUUCUGCGGUACAGCAAAGGCAAUGCAAAAACUGACACUUGUGGUGUCUGAUGAAAAACUUGCUUCCUUGGAUGUAAUGAAGACUUUUCUGAGGGUUAUAGCUUCUCACACUGCAAAUCUGUCUCACACUGAGACUGGUCAAUGCUGUAUGGUGUUACUUGUGGAGCCUGCAGCACAGCAGGACUGGGACUGCCAUAAGUCAUCUGAUCUUCUGGUCAAUGACCCUUUUCUUCCUCAACAGGUCAAUGAUAUUCAGUUCAGUAAUGAGGGCGAAUGAAAAGGUUGCAAGCACCUUCCUGAUCUGGACAAAUAUACCUCUGCGUAGAUAACCCUUUUGACCGAUGAACUAGAAGGUAGCUAGAUACCUGGUUCUAAGAUUGUGUAGAUAUCUUAGCUGUGUCGAUGGUUCAUUCAUAAAUGCUACUAUUACUUACCAAUUUACCAUGUUAUGUUGUUGCCUACUGGUUCAUUCAGAGUUACCUUUCCAAA